AACCUAGUAUCUUGUAUCAACCUACUCCAGUAUCAUGUCUUAUUUCUGCACUUCUCUCAUUCAAUAUCAUCGUUGCUCAAACAAUAUCAAAAUUUGUUACUAGCACUAAAUUCAUAGACGUUUAAUUCAAGUCUUAAUCAGUUCUUGGAUUAUAAUUACAAGUUACAAGGAAUGUUUUUGCCUAAAAUGGUUUUCCACUCUUUAAACUCGCCACUUUAAAGAUGACUAUGUAUAAACUAGAAUGCAAUAACAAUUUUUUGCAAAGUCAGAUUAAAGUCAAACUUCAUCAUUUCAAGCAUACAGUUGAGAAAACAAUGGAUCAAAUAAGUGCAGAUAAUAAGUGAAAUUAAUGUACGUGCCAGAUUGGCCAUUUAGACCACUGUGCACUGGUAACAUUUACCAUUUAAAUUAUAUCAAAUCCAGUUAUUAAAAAACCGCAUACUGCUACAUACAUAUGUACAUAUUUGAGCUUUUGCGGUAAGCAUUUGGGGUUCACUCCCUCUAAGGCAGAUCAAUCACCCCGGUAUUCGGGAAAUAAAAGACUUCCUGAAUUACCUGGAUAAGUAUAAAAUGUAAGGAGACGAUUCGGACUCAAGUAUUCACGUGCAUCCACUCAAAAAUGAUGCUCCAUUUAAUACUACUGUUUGGGCUCCUUGGUUCUAUCCAAUCCCAAGUACUUCUUCCGGGUCUUCGAGUUCUUCGGGUUCCAGUGCUCGACAAAGGCCAAAUCCAAGUGGUGGAGUUCCUGGACGCGGCAUCCACAGUUACACCUGAGUUGGUGCGGGAUCAGUUCAGCAGGCGAUUCACGACCCUGGCCAAACCUUUAGUCAGUGGUGCUGCUCCUCAGACUAGUCUUCCAAACAUGAGAACUGUAGUAUAACACUUGAGUGUUUUCAGAUAAAGAUUUUUAUUUACUGAGCAAAAUAAAUUAUGUUAAAGUUUUACCAGCCUUUAUUAACCGGAGUCUAAUCAAGUUCCUGUUGUAACUGGAUAAAUCUUCGCCAAAAAGCAAGCUACAUGGUUUUUUGUCGAUCAGAAAAUGUUUAAAUCGGAAGAAAAGCUCCGAAAAACAUGAUUUUUUCCUUAAAGGGUUAGAUUGGUUUUAUUGGUUGACAAAAAGAACUUGGUGUUACUUCAAAUAAUAUAUGUAGAUUACUAAAAGUUCUAAAUCGUACCUAACAACGAACAAUACAAUUUUAAAAUUAAUUAAUUUACAUGGUUCGGCUAUGAAACAGUCUUUUUCAUACAUCCUAAAUAUGUUCUUUGAUAAUUCUUCUUCAUUCUUUGAAAGUUUACGCUUCCCUAUGUCCAGGAAUACGUGUACAAAUGCGUGAUUAAUCUACUCAUUUGGGUUCUAAUUUAGCAUGUACAUACGUAUAUCAGAGAAAAAUAAUAAAAUCAAUAAAAGAUUAUGAACACUCUUAAAUGUUUUAAACAGCAAAUAAUGGUUAAACGUAAUUAAUAUGAAGAAAUUUACCCUUACAUGCAUUAUAAAUAUUGGAGCUUGGAAAAUAUAUAAUCUUUGCCAAUAGGAGUGCAUUGCGAAGAAGCACAGGAGUGCCUGAUAAACAUAACAUAACAUGAUAAACAUAAACACAUUU